AUGGAUAUUCUCAUUGCAGUUGCUGCAAAAAUAGCUGAGUACACUAUAGCACCUAUUGGAAGGCAAGUUGGUUAUCUAAUUUUCUACAAAGCCAAAUUUAAAGAGCUAAGAGACCGUGUCAGUGAUCUUGAGUACAAAAGAGACGAAAUCAAGCAACGUGUUGAAGAAGAAAGAAGGAAUGGGAAAACAACUUUUGAUGUUGUGCAGAAUUGGUUGAAGAAUGUGGAUGAUGCCAUUGGAGAGGCAACUCAACUUCAAAAUGAUCCUCGUCGUGCAGAGGCUGGAUGUUCUAGAUGGUCAUUUCCUAAUGUGGUGACACACCAUCAACUCAGUAGAAAAGCUACAAAAGUUGCCCAAAAAGUUGUUCAAGUACGGGGAGGAGGGGACUUUUCCCAGGUAGCUUACCGUCCUAAACUUGAUGCAGUGUCAGCAUUUACUACAAGGAGUAGUCAAAACUUGGAGCCAAGAAAACCAAUUAUGGAGAAUAUAAUGCAUGCUCUAAGAGACCCCAAAGUAAGCAUGGUUGGAGUCUACGGGCUUGGUGGUGUUGGUAAGACCACUCUCGUUGAAGAAGUUUAUCAUAUAGCUAAGGAAAACCAAUUGUUUGAUGAGGUGGUAAUGGCCACCAUAUCCAAAACACCAGACAUCAAAACCGUUCAAGAGGAGAUUGCUGAUCAGUUGGGUCUUCGUUUUGAAGAGGUAACUGUUGCUGGUAGAGCACCUCGCCUAUACCAGAGAAUCAAAAAGGAGAAAACCAUCCUUCUCAUACUGGAUGAUAUUUGGGAAGCCCUUGACUUGAAGAAAGUAGGCAUUCCCUCUGAUGGUGAACAUAAUGGCUGCAAAUUAUUGAUGACUUCUAGAACCUUAGAUUUGCUUCGACAGAUGGGAGUCAAAGAACAUUUUAGACUAGAAGUUUUAAAUGAAGAAGAAUCGUGGAGCUUGUUCCAAUCUAAGGCUAAUAAUUUAGACAAAGAACUUGACAAGCAUCAAAUUGCAUUCCAGUUGGCAAAAAGGUGUGCAGGAUUGCCUAUUCUCAUAGUUACUAUGGCGCGCUCAUUGAUAGAUCAAAACAUUCAUGCGUGGAAAGAUGCUUUGAGCCAAUUAGAAAAAGUUGACAAUGAAGAGUUGCAGGAGAUAACUUAUUCAGCUUUGGAGUUAAGUUACAAAAGGCUAAAAGACAAUGAAAUGAAAGCUUUUUUCUUGCUCUGUGCAACAAUUGGUAAAGAUCCUUCUGUCAAUUACCUAUUCAAAUAUGGAAUAGGUCUAGGUAUAUUCAACAGCACAAAUAUAAUGGAAGGUGCCAGAAAUAGACUUCACAACAUGAUAAGUGCAUUAAAGGCAUCUUGUUUGUUGUUAGUAGAUAACACAAGCACAACAAGGGUCAAAAUGCAUGAUGUUGUUCGUGAAGUAGCUAUCUCCAUCGCUUAUAAGGAUUAUCACAUAUUAGCCAAGUACGGAGACGGAGAUAAUUUGAGGGAAUUUCCCAAAAUGGAUAUUCUUAGCAACUGCUCCCAGAUCAUUCUGCGCUAUGGUGCUUUUCGCCAGCUUCCUGAAAAGUUAGAUGCUCAUAAUCUAAAAAUUUUCUACUUGAGUAAUUUUGAUCUAUCUUUGGAAAUCCCUAAUUUCUUUUUUGCGGAAACAAAAUUUCUUGAAGUUUUAGAUUUAACAGGCUUGAACUUGACUUCACUGCCCACUUCUUUUCUUUCCCUAACUAAUCUUAAAACUUUGUGUUUGGAUCAAUGUGUUCUGGAAAAUAUUGAUGCAGUAGGAGCUUUAAAAAAUUUAAAAAUACUGAGUCUCUGGGGGUCAUCGAUGAUAAAACUUUCAAGUGAAAUAGGGAAAUUGAGUCAUUUAAGAAUGCUGGAUUUGAGUGAUUCAGGGAUUGAAAUCAUCCCAGCAGGCGUCAUAUCAAGCUUGAUCAAAUUGGAGGAGUUAUACAUGGGCAAUACUUCCAUUAAGUGGAAGAUUGAGAAUUCAGACAAUCAAGAUGAAAAUGCCAGCCUUGAUGAACUUCGUCAGUUGUCAAACCUAACAAGUCUAGAGCUACAGAUACAAGAGGCAUGGAUGUUGCCAAGAGACUUGAUGUUUCAUAAAUUAGAAAGGUUCAAAAUUGUUAUUGGAGACGUCUGGGAAUGGGCUGAUAUUGACGACGUCACAUUGAAAACAUUGAAGCUCAAGCUUGGCACCAAUAUUCACUUGGAGCAUGGGAUCAAAGGAUUGAUGAGAAGAGCAGAGAAUUUGUAUUUGGAUGAAGUUGAAGGCAUUUCGAAUGUACUCUACCAAUUGAAUGGGGAUGGAUUUCCUCAACUGAAGCACCUCCACAUCCAAAAUAAUGCCUUAAUUCAGCACAUCAUUGAUUUUAUAGAGAGGUCUCAUAUUCCAACCCCAUUUCCAAACCUGGAAAAACUGGUGAUUCAGAAUCUCGGUAAGAUGGAGAAAAUUUGUCAUGGGCCACUUGCAGUUGGUUUCUUCGCCAAGCUCCUAGCCAUCAAAGUUGAAAAAUGUAACAAAGUAAAAUAUCUUCUCUUUGUUUCCAUGGUUAAAGGGAUGCCUCAGCUUGCAGAGUUGGAAAUUUCUAAAUGCAAUCUUAUGGAAAAGGUAGUGUUUGAAGAUGAUGAUGCAAGUGCAAUGAAUGACGAAACUGGCGAAACCAUUCAGUUUCCAUUGCUCCAUUCUCUGACUCUACAACAUUUGGAUGCGCUUGAAUGCUUCUAUUCUCAUCCGCCAACAUCUUCUCCAAUAUCCCUUUUCAAUAAUCAAGCCAAAUGUUAA